AUGACGACCGAACAAUCCCUACCAGCACAUCUAGACCCAAGUACCUACCCGCGCACCCACAGCGACACCACCAAAAACAUCCACCUAACAUUAACCUACGCCACUCUCGACCCAAACACCUACCUAACACAAACCUCCUCAACCGCCGCCGGAGCAAAUGUGCUCUUCCUCGGUACAACACGCGACACGUUCGAAGGUCGCCCGGUCUCACAACUGAGCUACACCUCCUACCCACCUCUUGUGUUCAAGACUCUGUCCACAAUUGCGGAGGAGGCUGUCGCGACACACCAGCUUCUAGGCGUGAGCAUUGCGCACAGACUUGGAGUUGUGCCUAUCAAGGAAGCUUCUAUUGCUAUUGCGGUUAGCUCGGGUCAUCGGGCUGCGGCUUGGAGGGCGGGUGAGGAGAUCUUGGAGGCUUGUAAGCAGAAAGCUGAGAUUUGGAAACGGGAGGAGUUUGUUGAUGGUGGUAUGGAGUGGAGGGCUAAUGCUGAUCGGGAUGCUGAGGGGAAUUCGAUUGGCGGUUGA